AUGGAACAACGUUAUUGUGUCUCUAGGUACUUAUCCUUGGCUGGAAUUAUAAUAAUGUUUGUGAUCACUAUAAUUUGUUAUCAUCAGACAUCGAUCACUCGGGAAAGAGUAAUAGUGCGCAUCCACCCUAAUGAUGUGUUAUCCGAGUCCCAUCAGACGAAGAACAUUCUAUUGUGGAACGGUUACGAUCGAAUCGAAAUGAAAGUCUUUCUUAGAAGUUUGCCCAACAAUAACUCGUGUCCGUACAGGAAUUGUCGAGUCACAACUGAUCGUCGAUCAAACUUACUGGGCAAAUUUGAUGCCAUUAUUUUCAAUAUGGCUGUGCUUCAUCAACUGGAAAAGUCUGACAAGCUGCCACCAGCCGACACACGGGAGAGUCAUCAAUAUUACAUCUUUUUCAGCCAAGAAUCACCUUUCUAUCACAAGGAAAACGUCCAAAAGGAUUACAUCGGAUAUUUCAACUGGACCAUGAGUUAUCUGCCCGAAUCAAACAUUCCUUAUCCGUAUGGCCGGAUAGAACGGGCAGCGGUUGAUUUAAAAUCCAAGUCUUAUCUAAUAAGGAAAAAGACAAAACUGGUCGCCUGGUUUGUUUCGCAUUGCAACACAACUCAAAGUCGGCGAGAAAAUUACGUCAGAGAAUUGCAGAAGCACAUCCCUAUCGACAUCUUUGGUCUUUGCGGUCCGUUGAAAUGCAAAUGGAACUCUGAUACGGGGAUUUCACAUCCGGAAUGUUACGACAUGCUGGAAAAGGAAUACAAGUUUUAUCUGUCGUUUGAGAAUUCACUGUGCAGCCAUUACGUCACGGAGAAAUUCUAUUCGAUAUUGAAGCUUGACGUGGUGCCAGUUGUCAUGGGUAGGGCCAAUUACAGCGACAUUGCUCCGCCGUAUUCAUUUAUCGACGCCCUGAGUUAUUCACCCAAACAACUGGCCGAUUACUUGCUGUUGCUCGAUGGCAACCAAACACUUUACGAGAGGUACUUGAAAUGGAAAACCAGUUACAUUAUCCGCAGUGGAUAUGAAGAGAUGGGCGGCCAGGCCUUGUGUUCUCUUUGUGCACAACUCAAUCUGUCGGAUGACCGGAAGGAAAUAAUGCCCGCUGAUGUUUUGUCGACAUGGAACCCAACGACCCGUUGUCUCAAUCCGCGCUACGUGAAAGCUUUUCGCAGUAUUGACGGUAAUAAUAAUAGAUCCACGACAUCUUAGACUUGUUUCUACAUCUCUGACUUGUCUCGUGCCUAAUCAAAUGAGACCAUAAGUUCAUCUAACAAGAUUAGAGAGUUGCUUUAUUCCCUACAGCAUUAUAAGGAAUUGGAAAAUAAAAAGAACUUUUUCUUCUCGAGAAGAUGGUGGUAAUCCCCUUUUGCAUUGCACAGAUACUUUUUGUAGAGCACAUUCUCUCACUAUAUAUGGGGCGAACUUAAAUAUAGACUCGGCUGACGAGCAGCCGGCAGUCAACUGCUGAAACCUGCAAUGUGAUUCCCAAGCGCAACCAAAAUAACUCGGAUGCGGCUCGUUCGCAACAACGAAGAAUCUUCUUAAAGAAACAAGUGGUGAUUCGCUAUAAAACAAUUGUACACAAACCCCCCCAGCUCGGUGUGUAAAAGAACUGAGCUGGAAUCGAUCCAGCAAGAUGAUUUAGAAAGUUGAAGGAGAAUGGAAAUGUUGUUUUUUAAAAACUGGAAAAACUCGAUCCACGGUUGAACGUUGAAUAUUUAUUUUCCAAAGUGUGACGGGAAUAGGUGGGAACAGAGCAGACAAGGAGCAUUACUAUAUAUUAUUAGUAUAGAAAAAGAGAGGCUUUUUACCUUCAGCUCUUAAAGAAUAAAAAAUAUAACAAUAAAUUUUUAUCUGAAAUAUUGGGGGAGUAGAUAGAGGAGAGA